AUGCUUCAACCACCGAUGGUAGUCCAGACCGAUCAACUUGAUCAAGGCGCGGAUCUUCGGCAAACGCUGUCAUGUCUGAUCCCCACGUUUCUGAAUGCCAUCAACUACGCGUCGCCUCCAGAAGUUGACAAGAAAGCAUUGAGGAUAGCUCUCCUCGACAGAGCUCUCCGGUGCGGUGUCCAUCUCGAAGCCGACGAUGCCUCGCAAAUGCGAUUCGAGGCCGGACUAGCUGUCGCUGCCGAAAUGUAUCCUCUCCACCCCCUCGAAAUCCAGAUCCACAUCGGUCUCUUUACCUGGUACGGCUUCAUCAUCGACGACAAGAACGUCGAGCUAGGGCCAGACCUAGAACAAUUCCAGACACGGCUUCUGAUGGGAGAACAGCAGCCCUCGGCACUUUUACAGGCUUUUGCCGAAGUGCUCAAGUCGACAAAGAAGUACUACGACCCAAUAGUCGCCAACUUAAUCGUGCUAUCCGCUCUAGCCUUUGUCAACUCCAACGCUAUUGAGAUCCGGCCGCAGUACCACACAAUCGUCCUAUCAAAAGAAACAGUCAGCUGGCCCUACUAUUUUCGAGAUAAAGAGGGCCUUCCAGAGGUGUAUACCUAUUUCUGCUUCUACAAGGAGACAUGUCCGGAUAUCGCGUGCUUCCUGCCGGCUGCGCCCGAGAUGGGCAAGUUUAUCAACCUGACCAAUGACAUAUUAUCGUAA